AUGUCAGGUUCUCAGGUCUCUCGAGGUACGUCGUCAGAUUCCGAUGAUGAGCCUGAUUCCUCGUCGACGUCGAACCGUGGUUAUUUCGGGUGUCCCCGUCGUGACCGUUCACCUUCUCCGAUCCGCGUAGUGGAAGAUCGCGUGAUUCGCCGCCCGGCGCUUCCAGUCGGCGAACCGCUAUACCCCUGGAGGAGGCCUCCAGUGAUCGCCGCCUCGCCGUCAUUCACUCCCGUCGGUCGUGAUUUUGUUCCCGGCAGUGUGAAGUACCCGGCGGAUCUUCUUCGUCAUCUUCAUCCUGAAGAGGCGGCGCGAUUCCGAUACUGGUUUCGCACGUUGGAGGGGCAACUCCGAGCUUACUGCCGCCGCCAUGCUAAGCUCCUCCGCAUGAUGCAGGAAAUGGAGCUUGGAAUGAGGAGGUUGGAGGCCGAUCCCAAGGACUGGGAACGCUUCGGACUGGGCAAGUUGAACCCACUGCCGCCUUUUCUGAGGGCGUACUGUCGUGCUAAACUUCGCGAGGAUGAGGCUAGCUCGUCGAGAGGGCCCUGA